CGGCGGCUUUAUAGACGAGCUGGGCGGCCCGUGCCACGGACCGGAACUACUCCAUCGCCGACGUCACGUGACGCUGCUGCCUAGCUCCACCAAUAGAAGCUGCGCUAGCGCCGUCUGUACAUGUGAUUGGUUGCAGUGACCAGCUACCGCAUUGUUCCAACUCCCCGUGUUCAAUGGCAAACUGAUGCAUUCCCUUUUAGGCAUCUUCGACAGUUUGAGCCUCAACACCAGAGAAACAUCCGGCCCUCCUGCUACGAUCAAUCACCGCCACUGAUGUCACUAAGCCAAUCGUCCAGCUCCACCUGGCGCAACGCUUCCACCGCUCUCUUCGCAGUCGGCUUUUUGGGUCCCGUCAUAAUCACCUCGUCGUCCCUAUACAUGACCAUCCUGUAGUACCCGCGCUUUCGGUGCAGCUUCAAUCCGUAACGCUCAUAAUCGUCAUCCUUAUUAUCACCAUCGCGCACAUACCGGAUCAAGAUGUCUGCACGAAGAUGGCUCGUCAGCAGAGAAGUUUUGAUGUUCGCCAAAUUGCUUACCUACGAUGUCGUAAUCUCGAGGCCGUAAUCUGGAAGCACUGCUCCCUUCACUGCUCUCAAUCACUCCCAGCAACCCAAUUCAGUUGGCCAUAGAGAUUCCUUGCUGGUACAAUGAGGGUAGAAAGAGAACAAUAGUAGCGACAGUGUAAUGUCGGGUAUGACUACAUACGGUGCAUGAGAAAAUGGAUAGUAAUAAGCAGUGUUGAUAUUAACUACAAACACAUAAUACGAAAUCAGCAGAGCAGUUAUAAGCAAAGCAAUGUUUUGAUAGCUCCUCUAUCGUCGUGACUAUUGCUGUGUGUAGGAUCACCUAAACUCCAACUCGGAAUUCAUACGCAAAGCAGCAGCCAGAGGGGAAGGGUUCGUUGGAAAGUUUCCCCCCCUAUGUGUGUGUGUAGGAGUACACGGACGAGGAAGUACCGACUAGGCUGCUGUCUUUUGCCCCGAAGCCUGGACGAUAUACAUUUUCUUCAUGGGAUGCGGAAGCUGGCGCCGUGUUAUCAACUUGGAAGGCUACAGUGCUCGUUUCAUCCCUAGUAGGCAAGGGAAUUUGAGCCGUAUCGUUGUUAACUUUAGAUACAUCAACGCUAGUAUGAUGCCUAUCUGCACUAGAU